CCAGGGUGUUUCUUCCAUUUGCUGGGAUGCUUUCUUCUGGAGCUGCAGAAGGUGGUAGGGUCUUGAGUCACAGUCUCUCCUUGGCAAAGUUGACCUCAUCUGUCCCAACUUGGGCAGCGGUUAGCCUCCUUCCUGCCUUGCCCUGGGAGGAAAGGGUAGGGGCUCAGGGCUGCGAUGAAUGCUGCCCAGAGACACACACCCAUGCAUGCCCAAGGCCUCCCCUGUGCCGAGUGACUCCCCUGACCCCCAUCCCUCAGCUCCCAGAUAGUACCCUUGGGUGGGCAGGGUUUGAUCUGGGUGCUUGGGCAGAGCCAGAGGCAGCCGCCGUUCCCACGACCUUUUUAGCCCUCCUUCCUCAGCCUUCUGCUAGGUGGCGGGGCGGCGGGGGAGAGGUCCAGGCUCUCUUUUUGGCCGUGCUGGACACACUGAGGGAACCUGGCCCCAAGACAGCCCCUCAGGGUGGCCCGAGCCCUGGUGUCAGGCAGGCAAGGGUUAAAAGGUAUGGGCUGGUCCGUCCUUGGCCAGGUAGGCUGGGCCAUUGCCUAGUGGGAGGCGGCCUAGGCAUCCGCCACUGGCGCUCCCUAGCUUACUGCCACUACCAGCUGGAGCAGGGCCUGGUCGAGACAACUGGGGUGUUUGAAGGUACCUGAGGCCACUCCACAGCACCAGUCUGGUAUUGGGGUGACAGUCGUCCCGGAGCUGCCAUCCCGGGGAGGUCAUAGAAGAGUCAGUGUGGCGUAGAAGGCAGGACUCCUGACUGCAGCCCAUGGGCCUCUGAAGAGGCGUUGUAAGUCCGCCCAGCUCCCCACUUGCUGUUUUCCCACUCAAUGGGAAGGGAACCAAGGCCUUGUCCAGCCAUCAGCCACGGCCUCUUGACGGCACCAGGAUGGAAGUCAAAGGUCAGCUGAUCAGCUCUCCCACCUUCAAUGCCUCAGCUGCCCUGUUUGGAGAGGCCGCGCCCCAAGUGAAGUCAGAGCGUCUGCGGGGGCUGCUCGACCGGCAGCGGGCCCUGCAGGAGGCUCUGAGCCUGAAACUUCAGGAGCUACGGAAAGUGUGUCUCCAGGAGGCGGAGCUGACUGGCCAGCUACCCCCUGAGUGCCCAUUGGAGCCUGGUGAACGGCCCCAGCUGGUCCGCCGGCGGCCUCCUGCAGCCCGAGCCUACCCCCCGCCGCCGCACCCCAACCCAGCACAGCACUCCUUGUGCCCUGCCGAGGAGCUGGCGCUUGAGGCCCUGGAGCGUGAGGUGUCAGUGCAGCAGCAGAUUGCCGCCGCUGCCCGCCGCCUGGCCUUGGCCCCCGAGCUGAGCACUGAGCAGCGCCGGCGCCGGCGCCAGGUGCAGGCAGAUGCUCUGCGGAGGCUGCAUGAGCUAGAGGAGCAGCUUGGGGAUGUCCGGGCCCGCAUGGGCCUCCCGGGGCUCCAGCCACCCCAGCCCCUGCCACUCUCCAGUGGGGCAGUUAUCACCGCCCAGGGAGUCUGCCUGGGCACGCGCCUCGCCCAGCUCAGCCAAGAGGAGGUAGUUCUGCACUCGGAGAGCAGCUCCCUCUCAGAGUCUGGGGCCAGCCACGAUAAUGAGGAGCCCCGCGGCUGCUUCCCUCUGGCUGAGCGCCCGUCGCCACCCAAGGCCUGGGACCAGCUGCGGGCAGUAUCUGGGGGCAGCCCUGAGCGGCGAACCCCGUGGAAACCACCGCCGUCGGAUCUUUAUGGGGAUCUGAAGAGCCGGCGCAACUCGGUGGCCAGCCCCACCAGCCCUACACGCUCGCUGCCCAGGAGUGCCUCCAGUUUUGAGGGGCGAAGUGUGCCUGCCACCCCUGUCCUCACCCGGGGCGCAGGCCCCCAGCUUUGCAAAACUUUUGUACAUAAUACACCCUAUUGCAUGAUAAAGAAGUACAGACCCGAAGGCCUGCAUUCUCGCCAGUGGUCCGGCAGCCAGGACUCCCAGAUGGGCUUCCCCCGGGCAGACCCUGUCUCCGACCGCGCCUCCCUCUUCGCAGCUCGAACCCGCCGCAGCAAUAGCUCUGAGGCCCUGCUGGUGGACCGGGCAGCUGGUGCGGGAGCUGGCUCCCCUCCUGCGCCUCUGGUUCCCCCUGCCGCCGGUCCCCCGGUCUGCAAGAGCAGUGAGGUGCUGUAUGAGCGCCCCCAACCAACCCCGGCCUUCUCCUCUCGCACCGCUGGUCCCCCAGACCCUCCUCGGGCUGCCCGGCCCAGCUCGGCUGCCCCCGCCUCCCGUGGGGCUCCCCGGCUCCCACCCGUGUGUGGGGACUUCCUGUUGGACUAUUCCCUGGACCGGGGUCUGCCCCGUGGUGGCGGCGGCGGGACAGGCUGGGGGGAGCUGCUGCCUGCAGCCGAGGUCCCAGGACCCCUCUCCCGCCGGGAUGGGCUCCUCGCCAUGCUCCCCGGCCCACCGCCUGUGUACGCAGCUGACGGCAGCAGCCCCCUCCUCCGCAGCAAGGACCCCCACGGCCGUGCCCCCCGCGCCAAGCCCUGUGGCCUGCCCCUGGAGGCCACCGAGGGGCCAGAGGUGCAUCCCAACCCUCUGCUGUGGAUGCCCCCACCUGCCCGCAUCCCCCCAGCUGGCGAGCGCAGCGGUCACAAGAACCUUGCCCUGGAGGGGCUGCGGGACUGGUACAUCCGGAACUCGGGACUGGCCUCGGGGCCCCAGCGCCGGCCUGGGCUCCCCCACAUGGGCCCACAGCACCCGUCCUUCCUCCAUGCCCGCUGCUAUGAGGUGGGCCAGGCGCUGUAUGGGGCCCCCAGCCAGGCGCCGCUCCCGCACUCGAGGAGUUUCACGGCGCCCCCUGUCUCCGGCAGGUACGGGGGGUGCUUUUACUGAUGGGUAGGGGGUCUCUUGAGGCAGGUAGCCAGAGGGUCCAGGCUAGGGAGCAGCUUGUCCCGGUAGUGAGUGACACGGCCCUGGGGAGAACUGGCCGCGGCCCUCUCCCCGGGCUCACUGGGUCCUGCCCGACCUGCAUUAGUCCGCGGGGUCUCGGCCAAGGGGUGUGUUGGGCCUUGGUAGCAGCAGUUCUUCACCAGGCGAUAUGGGAAUGUGAAGGUCUGAACUACCAGUGCAUGUCAGCUGCAAGUGAGCCUUGGCAUCAGGGUGCUGGGAGGAAGGGACGUCCCGUGCCCUCGCCUUUCUCUUCUCUUUUCGCCGUGCCCCACGCUUACGAGCCUUAAAGAUGCUGUCCUGUGCCUGCCUCCACCUCUUUAACGAGCCUCUUUUCCUCUCUCUUUCUGUGUCUUGUCCGUCUUUUCCUCUGUCCUCUGUCUUCCCACCCUGUCCUCUGGAUUCCUGCUACCCCUCCUAAAGAUACUACGCGGACUUCCUGUACCCCCCGGAGCUGAGCGCUCGUUUAAGUGACCUGACGCUAGAGGGGGAGCCGUCCUCCGGUUCCGACCCCCAGACCCCGGGGACACUGGUCUGACCCUUUCCGAUAUGCCCCUUAUCGGCCCGGGCAUGACUCCAGUCUGGGGAGCACCCAGCGGAACUCGCUGAGCCCUGGGGUGUGGCUGCGCUUGGUCCUGGGGCGGGGGGCACCAACCCGAUCUCCCGAGGCCCCCGGCUCCCCGUGGGCCCCCAAAGGUGUCUGACACCCUGCUUCUGCUCUCACGCUGUGCUGGGGACUGGGGGCCCUGAGCUGGCUGGAAAGAGGGCGGCUGAUGUAAUGGGGCCUCCACGCCCCUUCCUCCAUUCCUGUUUACAGUCGUGAUUUAGGUAUUCACCGUCUUCCCCCCAACACUAGCCGUUUUAUAAAAAGGGAAACUGUGAUCUCGUCCUGGUUGGGUCCCUUCCUGUCCCUGUGCCCAACCUGUGUCCCGUUCAGGAACCCCCCCUCCCCAAAACAGACCAUAGAGGGUCUCAGGGCCUGGCUUGGGGCAGCCAGGAGACUCCAGUGUGAACAGAACUCCCUGCCCAUCCCCCCCCCGCCCCCACCAGGGCCGUUUUCCUUGGGGAGGUGGGCUCUCUGCCCACGUCUGGAAGGACUAAAGUCUGGGUGGAGGACUUGGGUUCAUUUCCCCUCCCCACCCCCAGGGUUCCUGUCUGCCUGUCUGUGCCCGCUGCCUCUGCCCACAGGGUGAAAUGGCCCAGCCUUUGGUGGCAGCCUCUGCCCCAACUCUUCCCCAGUCAGGAGGCUCCGCGGGAGGGUCCAAAGGGCAGAGCCACUGGGCGUGUUGUGUCCUGGGAUGCUGCGGUGGUGGAACCUGGCAUCUGGUAGAUGCCAGUGAAGUCCUCAGGUGACGUCUGGCCACGGCUACGUCACGUCUUCCUUGGCUUUCCUUCCAUCCACCACUUUUUAAACAAAUCCACACAAGCUGUGUUUUCUAUGAUACCUGUCUGUGACUUUCCGGAGCUGGGGGCUCCCCUACCCCCUUUACCUGGUGUUAAACUUUUCUUUUUGUACCAAUGGAUCUGGGCCCAAGACACUACCCACACUGGAAGGGGAUUUCUAUAAUAAAUGUGUAAACUGAA